AUAAAUGUGCAACUUGCCGUUUACGAUAAACUACAAGAAAAGAUUGCUAAGAAAUCACUUUAAAUAUAGAGCAUACAAUCUUCGUUGUAGUCCAACCUGUAUUUUGACUAAUGUUGUUACGUUAACAACUGUGGAUUGGCACUUUGUUUAUGAAUUAAAACAAAGCUUGUGCAGCAUGUGAUCACAAGAAAACGCAUUUUAUUUACAACAACGUAUCAAAUGGCAGCGGUACAGGGAGAAAUGCAAGAGACGUCUGUCACCAAAUUCAGUUUUUUACACGCGCUAGUCGCAGGUGGUGUAGCUGGCGUUGUGGUGGAUAUUGCAUUGUUUCCCAUAGACACUGUCAAGACUCGACUGCAGAGCGAAUUAGGAUUCUGGCGCGCUGGCGGAUUUCGAGGCAUUUACAAGGGUCUGGCACCUGCAGCAGCCGGCAGCGCCCCUACUGCGGCCUUAUUCUUUUGCGCCUAUGAAUGCGGCAAGCAGCUUUUUAGUACUAUAAGCAAUACCAAAGAUUCACCCUAUGUGCAUAUGGCAGCCGCGUCCACUGCGGAAGUGCUCGCUUGCCUCAUACGCGUACCUGUAGAAAUUGCUAAGCAACGUUCGCAAACUCUCUCGGGACACAAGCAGCAAAGCGGUCUACAGAUUCUACUGCGUGCCUAUCGCACUGAGGGCCUGCGUCGUGGACUCUAUCGCGGCUUUGGCUCAACAAUCAUGCGGGAGAUACCUUUUAGCCUAAUACAGUUUCCCCUGUGGGAGUAUUUUAAAUUGCAAUGGACGCCGAUGACUGGAUACGAGUCCACACCGCUGUCUGUGGCACUGUGUGGUGCCGUGGCAGGCGGCAUUUCUGCAGGUCUAACCACACCAUUAGAUGUGGUGAAAACGCGCAUUAUGCUGGCGGAGCGGGAGAGCCUCAAUAGACGUCGCAAUGCGCAAAGCAUACUCUAUGGCAUCUACAAGGAACGUGGCUUUAGUGGCUUGUUUGCGGGCUUUGUGCCGCGCGUGCUUUGGAUCACACUGGGCGGUGCAUUCUUCUUUGGUUUUUACGAUCUAACAACGCGCCUCUUGGGCGCCACACGCAACCAUAAUUAGGAUAAUUCACAUUAGUAAACAUCGACCGAUCUUGUACCUCAAAGGCGCAUCAACACCAAAUCAAAGUAGACAAUAAAGCAAAAGUUUUCUUUUGUAAUAUUAAAUAUGGAGUAGAUU